AUGGCCGCCGACGACGAGAAGAGAGCCGCGACGAGCGGGGCAGACGAGGUGCCUCGUCGCCCUUCCGCCGUCUCGUUUAACAAGUCGGAGGAUCCUUCGGAACCAUUCUCCUACGACGAAGACGAUCGCUACAUGUACGCAAACUCCCAGCAGCGGCAACAGACCAUGACCGAGCACGACCUCAAUGUCACCGAAGACGACCUGCUCGAGGCCAAAGAGCUCGCUUCACAAUACACGCUUGACGAAGUCCGCAGCAUCAUGAUUCGGGUUCACCGCAUCCACGAAAAAGACCCAAACUUUCCUGCCACCGUCAUACAGAAGAUCAAAGCCUUUCUCGAGAACGAAUCUGUCUUCUCCAAUCCUGAAAAGCACCAGCAUCUCAUCCAGGAGAUGAAGCUCGAGGCCGCCCUCGUCACUAGCAACAGUCCGUACGCCGAAGUCCGUGCUGUCGUCAGCAACAAGGAUGACCCCAAGACGCCGUGCUCGACAAUACGAAGCUGGUUUAUCGGCCUAUUCUUUUCGCUCCUGCUCGCCUUCAUCAACCAGCUCUUCGACAUCCGCCAGCCCGCGAUUCGAGUCAUGGCCAAUGUCGCGCAGCUGUUGGCGUACCCCAUCGGCAAGGCUGCCGAGAACUGGCUGCCCGACAAGGGCUUUACACUCUUUGGUGUCAGGCACUCGCUGAAUCCGGGGCCCUUUUCCAAGAAGGAACAUAUGCUCAUCACCAUCAUGGCCAACGUUGCCUACAACACCCCGUACACCAACUACAUCAUCUGGGUGCAGUAUUUGCCGCAAUACUUUGACCAGCCGUACGCAUCGCAUUUUGCAUACCAGCUGCUGAUUGCCCUUGCCACCAACUUCAUCGGCUAUGGUAUGGCUGGCGUGUGCCGUCGGUUCCUCGUUUACCCGUCAUACUGCGUGUGGCCCGCGUCACUCGUCACGAUUGCCCUCAACUCGGCUUUCCAUAACGACGUCAACCCUCCCGUCGAAGGGCCCUUCCGCAAGAUUUGGCGCGUUUCUCGCAUCAAGUUCUUCUACCUCAUGUUCGGCGCCAUGUUUGUCUGGUUCUGGUUCCCCAACUACAUCUGGGUUGGCCUGUCCAAGUUCAACUGGAUCAGCUGGAUUGCGCCUGGUCACCGGGACGUCAAUGUCAUCACUGGCAUCAACAAUGGUCUCGGCGUCAACCCCUUCCCGACCUGGGACUGGAAUGUCCUGCUGUGGGACUCGGCCGACCCGCUCAUGGUGCCGUUCUUCAGCACGCUGAACCGGUUCAUCGGCGUCUUCGUCUCCUUUUGGGUUGUGCUAAUAUUCUGGUACAAGAACGUGUACAACACGGGAUACCUUCCCAUCAACACGAACCGAGUCUACGAUCACUUUGCGCAGCUCUACAACAUCACGAAAGCGACCGACGACCACGGCCUUUUCAACCAGGAGAAGUAUUCGCAAUACUCUCCCCCCUUCCUGGGCGCUGGAAACAUUGUCAUCUACAUGUUCUUCUUCGGCAUUUAUACGUCGACGCUCACGUAUGCCGCGCUCUACCACAGGCACGAAAUCGUCAUGGGCUUCAAGGCCCUGUUCAACAGCCUGCGCAGAAAGAAGAAGACCAAGCAGGACGAUACCAGCCUCGAUGUACACAACCGACUGAUGCAAGCGUACCCCGAGGUUCCGGAGUGGUGGUACAUGAUCUGCCUGGCGGUUGCCAUUGGUCUGGGCAUUGGCGGGAUCGUGGGCUGGGACACGCACACCUCUCCUGGUGUCGUCUUCUAUGGUCUGGCCCUGUGCGUGGUCUUUGUGAUUCCAGUCGGCAUCAUCAAGGCCAUGACAGGUAUUGAGGUGACACUCAACGUCUUGGCUGAGUUCGUCGGUGGCUCCUGGGUCGAUGGCAACGCUCUCGCCAUGAACUACUUCAAGUCCUUCGGCUACGUUACUUGCGCCCACGCCAUCUGGUUCUGUAACGACUUGAAGCUGGCCCACUACGUCAAGAUCCCGCCCCGUCAGACGUUCAUUGCGCAAAUAAUCGCCACUUUCAUCAGCACCAUCGUUUGCAUCGGCGUCCUCAACUUCCAGAUGCAGAACAUCGAUGGCGUGUGCACGCCGAAUGCGCAAUACAAGCUGACAUGCCCGGGCGUCAACACCUUCUUCACCGCCUCGGUGCUGUGGGGCACGGUCGGUCCGGAGAGGAUUUUUGGUCACGGCGGCCAAUACAGUGCGACGCUGGUCGGCUUCCCGCUGGGAGUCGUCAUCGUGGUGUUCUUCUGGGUCCUAAGCAAGAAGUUCCCCAACUGGACUUGGGUGCGGCAAAUUCACCCCGUUGCCAUCAUGUACGGGGGCAUUGUGUGGGCGCCGUACAACAUGUCGUAUGUCUGGCCGUCGGUGCCCAUUGCCUACUUCUCGUGGAUCUACCUGAAGUCCCGCUUCCUUGGCCUGUGGUCCAAGUACAACUUUGUCCUCUCCGCGGCAUGGUCGUGUGGCAUUGCCAUUUCCGGCAUCAUCAUCUUCUUCAGCCUGCAGUAUACUGGGACCGACUUCGACUGGUGGGGCAAUCAGGUCUCGCAGAUGGGCUGUGAGGGCGACUCCUGCGAGCUCAAGACGCUUGGCCCCGGGGAGUACUUCGGGCCGCGGAUCGGGGAUUUUAGCUGA